UCCUGCGGCUUUAAAUCCGAAAUCCCGCGCAGGCGCCAGUUCUCGCGAUCUCGGAGAUCGCAUACAUAUUACCCACAAUUCCCUUUUCUUUCUCUCUCCGCCCGCCGUUCAAGAUGCCGAAGGGAAAGAAGGCGAAGGGGAAGAAGGUGGCCCCCGCCCCCGCUGUCGUGAAGAAGCAGGAGGCCAAGAAGGUGGUAAACCCCCUGUUUGAGAAAAGGCCCAAGAAUUUUGGCAUUGGACAGGACAUCCAGCCCAAAAGGGACCUCACUCGCUUUGUCAAAUGGCCCCGCUACAUCCGGCUGCAGCGGCAAAGGGCUAUCCUCUAUAAGCGGCUGAAAGUGCCUCCCGCGAUUAACCAGUUCACUCAGGCCCUAGACCGCCAAACAGCUACUCAGUUACUAAAGCUGGCCCACAAGUACAGACCAGAGACGAAACAAGAGAAGAAACAGAGGUUGCUGGCCCGAGCUGAGAAGAAAGCUGCCGGCAAAGGGGAUGUCCCCACCAAGAGGCCACCCGUCCUUCGAGCAGGGGUUAAUACUGUCACCACCUUGGUGGAGAACAAGAAGGCUCAGCUGGUGGUGAUCGCACAUGACGUGGACCCCAUUGAGCUGGUUGUCUUCCUGCCUGCCCUGUGUCGGAAGAUGGGGGUUCCCUACUGCAUCAUCAAGGGGAAGGCCAGGCUGGGGCGCCUGGUCCAUAGGAAGACCUGCACCACUGUUGCCUUCACGCAGGUGAACUCGGAAGACAAAGGAGCCCUGGCCAAGCUGGUGGAAGCCAUCAGGACCAAUUACAAUGACAGAUACGACGAGAUCCGCCGUCACUGGGGAGGCAAUGUCCUGGGUCCAAAAUCAGUGGCUCGCAUUGCCAAGCUGGAAAAGGCAAAGGCGAAAGAACUGGCCACCAAACUGGGCUAGGUGUACCCCACCAAGUUUUCUGUACAUAAAAGUAAUAAAAAUUCUUCAGCCA